CACCGACGGGCUGGGAGGGCGCCGAGGAGUUCAGAGCCCGGGGCCACCCUGGGGGCGAGACUGUGUCCUGAAGGCCGGUGUGGCUGUGCGCUCUUGAGGCCGCGGGACUCGGCCCGCCGUGCCCCACAGCGUGGCCGCCGGACGGACGACCCUGAGGCCCUGAGAAGAUCUCGAAAGCUUUGACUGGGACCGGAAAAGGCCUUGAACUUGCUCAGUAACAUGUCGUGACCGAGGCCACGCGGUCCUGGCGACGUGGGGGACGGAAAGAACAUCGAGGACAGAUUGGUGCUUGCAGUUAGUAGAGUGAGGUUUUCACCUGAGGCCAGCAGGAAAUGAGAAUUUGAAGAGAUUGUCCAACCUAAGUGCCAGCUCCCUUUCCCCAGAAACGGACACAACAUUGGAAUCCAAACUGCCCUCUCCUGUCAGGGAGAUCAGAAACCGUGCCCCGUUUCCCAGCUUCUGUGUGAGGGAGGUGAUUCUCCAUCUGGGAGGCCAUUUCUGAAUGGCCAAACCCAGCUCAGAUGUCAGCUCCACCAUGAAGUCCAAACACCUUUGUGAGCCUUCUCGAAAGGAUUUAUUACGUUAUUUCCUGUGUUACUAUAAUUUGGAUGUCUUGGAGCAGGAAGAUUUUCCAGUAUAGCUGGACUUUCAUCCUACAAGAAAUGGAGUGGUGGCCCUGACAUUCUAAAACAUCUAAGUUGGCGACUUCUGCCUUGUUCUUGUCCAAUCUUGGCAUUUAUAUAAUUGGGAGAAAGAACAGGACAGCUGAUCCUCUGUCAAUGUGAAGGCAGCUGCCGGAGACUUGUGACCAGCCACCAGGAUCAAGGAAGUAAUGGUACUGGCGAGGCGACCCCGGCCGGGAAAGGCGCGGGCGCUCGGCAACAUGGCUUCCCCGCCCCACCAGCAGCUGCUGCACCACCAUAGCACCGAGGUGAGCUGUGACUCCAGCGGAGACAGCAACAGCGUGCGGGUCAAGAUCAAUCCCAAGCAGCUGUCCUCCAGCCACCCCAAGCACUGCAAGUACAGCAUCUCCUCCAGCUGUAGCAGCUCCGGGGACUCCGGGGGCGUCCCCCGGAGAGUGGGUGGCGGAGGCCGCCUGCGCAGACAGAAGAAACUGCCCCAGCUGUUUGAGAGGGCCUCCAGCCGCUGGUGGGACCCCAAGUUUGACUCAGUGAACCUAGAGGAGGCCUGCCUAGAGCGCUGCUUCCCGCAGACCCAGCGUCGGUUCCGGUAUGCGCUCUUCUACAUCGGCUUCGCCUGCCUUCUCUGGAGCAUCUAUUUUGCUGUGCACAUGAGAUCUAAACUGAUUGUCAUGGUAGCCCCUGCACUGUCCUUCCUCGUGGUAUGUGUGGGCUUUUUUCUGUUUACCUUCACUAAGCUGUACGCCCGGCAUUAUGCGUGGACCUCACUGGCUCUCACCCUGCUGGUGUUCUCCCUGACCCUGGCUGCGCAGUUUCAGGUUUUGAUGCCUCUCUCAGGACGUGUUGACAGCUCCAAUCAUACUCUCGCAGCCAAGUCCACAAACACUUGCUUAUCUCAAGUGGGGAGCUUUUCCAUGUGCAUUGAAGUGCUCUUUUUGCUCUACACCGUUAUGCACUUACCUUUGUACUUGAGCUUGUUUUUGGGGGUGGCUUAUUCUGUUCUUUUUGAGACCUUUGGCUAUUAUUUCCGAGACGAAAACUGCUUCCCCUUGCCGGCAGCCGAGGCCCUGCACUGGGAGCUGCUGAGCAGGGCCCUGCUCCAUGGCUGCAUCCACGCCAUUGGGAUCCACCUGUUCAUCAUGUCUCAGGUGAGGUCCAGGAGCACCUUCCUCAAAGUGGGACAGUCGAUUAUGCACGGGAAAGAUCUGGAAGUGGAAAAAGCCCUCAAAGAGAGGAUGAUUCAUUCUGUGAUGCCAAGAAUCAUAGCUGAUGACUUGAUGAGACAGGGGGAUGAGGAGAGUGAGAAUUCUGCCAAGAGGCAUGCCACCUCGAGCCCCAAGAACAGGAAGAAAAAGUCUUCCAUACAGAAAGCUCCUAUAGCAUUCCGCCCUUUUAAGAUGCAGCAGAUUGAAGAAGUCAGUAUUUUAUUUGCAGAUAUUGUGGGCUUCACCAAGAUGAGCGCCAACAAGUCUGCUCACGCCCUGGUGGGUCUCCUGAAUGAUCUGUUCGGUCGCUUUGACCGGUUGUGCGAGGAGACCAAGUGUGAGAAAAUCAGCACUCUGGGAGACUGUUACUAUUGUGUGGCAGGGUGUCCUGAGCCCCGGGCAGACCAUGCCUACUGCUGCAUUGAAAUGGGCUUAGGCAUGAUAAAGGCCAUUGAGCAGUUCUGCCAGGAGAAGAAAGAAAUGGUGAACAUGCGAGUUGGGGUUCACACGGGGACUGUCUUGUGUGGCAUCUUGGGCAUGAGGAGGUUUAAAUUCGAUGUAUGGUCCAAUGAUGUGAACUUGGCCAACCUCAUGGAGCAGCUGGGAGUGGCCGGCAAGGUUCACAUUUCUGAGGCCACUGCAAAAUACUUAGAUGACCGGUACGAAAUGGAAGAUGGGAAAGUUAUUGAACGCCUUGGCCAGAGUGUAGUUGCUGACCAGUUGAAAGGUUUGAAGACAUACCUGAUAUCGGGUCAGAGAGCCAAGGAGUCUCGCUGCAGCUGUGCAGAGGCCUUGCUUUCUGGCUUUGAGGUCAUUGACGGCUCACAGGUGACCUCAGGCCCUAGGGGACAGGGGACAGCAUCGUCAGGGAGUGCCAGUGACCUGGCGCAGACUGUCAGAACCUUUGAUAACCUUAAGACCUGCCUUUCAUGUGGAAUCACAUUUGCUCCCAAAUCAGAAGCUGGUGCAGAAGGAGGAGCCGUCCAAAAUGGCUGUCAAGAUGAGCAUAACAACAGCACCAAGGUAACAAGCUCAUGGCUGUUGUUCCUGUCAGUUCCUCUCCUGGCGCAUCCACCUAAGGCUUCUGGAGGACCUAGUUCUAAAACUCAAAAUGGACUUCUGAGCCCUCCCCAAGAGGAGAAGCUCACCAACAGUCAGACCUCUCUGUGUGAGAUCUUACAGGAAAAGGGAAGGUGGGCAGGGGUGAGCUUGGACCAGUCGGCUCUCCUUCCACUGAGAUUCAAGAACAUCCGGGAGAAAACCGACGCCCAUUUUGUGGAUGUCAUCAAAGAAGACAGCCUGAUGAAAGAUUAUUUUUUUAAGCCACCCAUUAAUCAGUUCAGCCUGAACUUCCUGGAUCAGGAGCUGGAGCGAUCCUACAGGACUAGCUAUCAAGAGGAGGUUAUAAAGAAUUCUCCCGUGAAGACAUUUGCCAGUGCUACCUUCAGCUCCCUUCUGGAUGUGUUCUUGUCGACAACAGUAUUUCUCAUUCUCUCCAUCACCUGCUUCCUGAAGUAUGGGGCCUCCACCACACCUCCCCCGCCUGCCGCCCUGGCUGUCUUCGGGGCAGCCCUGCUGCUGGAGGUGCUGUCCCUCGUGGUGUCUGUCAGGAUGGUGUUUUUCCUGGAGGACGUCAUGGCUUGCACGAAGCGCCUGCUGGAGUGCAUCGCUGGCUGGCUCCCACGCCACUGCAUUGGGGCCAUCCUGGUGUCGCUGCCAGCACUCGCUGUCUACUCGCAUGUCACCUCCGAGUUUGAGACAAACAUACACUUCCCCGUGUUCACUGGCUCAGCCACGCUGAUCGCUGUGGUGCACUACUGUAACUUCUGCCAGCUCAGCUCCUGGAUGAGGUCCUCCCUCGCCACUGUCGUUGGGGCUGGGCCACUGCUUCUGCUCUACGUCUCCCUGUGCCCAGACAGUUCCAUAGUAACGUCACCUCUUGAUGCAGUACAGAAUUUCAGCUCCGAGAGGAAUCCAUGCAAUAGCUCGUUGCCACGUGACCUCAGGAGGCCAGCCAGUCUGAUUGGCCAGGAGGUGAUUCUUGUCUUCUUCCUCCUGCUCUUGUUGGUCUGGUUCCUGAACCGAGAAUUCGAAGUCAGCUACCGCCUCCACUACCACGGCGAUGUGGAAGCGGAUCUUCACCGUACCAAGAUCCAGAGCAUGAGGGACCAGGCCGACUGGCUGCUGCGUAACAUCAUCCCCUACCACGUGGCUGAGCAGCUGAAGGUGUCCCAGACCUAUUCCAAGAACCACGACAGCGGAGGCGUGAUCUUCGCCAGCAUCGUCAACUUUGGCGAGUUCUACGAGGAAAACUAUGAAGGAGGCAAGGAGUGCUACCGGGUGCUCAACGAGCUCAUCGGCGACUUUGAUGAGCUCCUCAGCAAGCCAGACUACAGCAGUGUUGAGAAGAUCAAGACCAUCGGGGCCACAUACAUGGCAGCGUCGGGGCUGAACACCGCCCAGGCCCAGGAUGGCAGCCACCCACAAGAGCACCUGCAGAUCCUGUUCGAGUUCGCCAAGGAGAUGAUGCGCGUGGUGGACGACUUCAACAACAACAUGCUGUGGUUCAACUUUAAGCUCAGAGUCGGCUUUAACCAUGGGCCCCUCACGGCUGGGGUCAUUGGCACCACUAAGCUGCUGUACGACAUCUGGGGGGAUACGGUCAACAUCGCCAGUAGGAUGGACACCACUGGUGUCGAGUGCCGCAUCCAGGUGAGUGAAGAGAGCUACCGUGUCUUGAGCAAGAUGGGCUACGACUUUGACUACAGGGGGACGGUGAAUGUCAAGGGGAAGGGCCAGAUGAAGACCUACCUUUACCCAAAGUGCACGGACAACGGGGUAGUGCCACAGCACCAACUGUCCAUCUCCCCAGACAUCCGCGUCCAGGUGGAUGGCAGCAUUGGACGGUCUCCCACAGACGAGAUUGCCAACCUGGUGCCUUCUGUCCAGUAUCCGGACAAGACGUCUCUGGGCUCUGAUAACAGCACACAAGCCAAGGACACUCGCCUGUCCUCCAAGAGACCCUGGAAGGAGCCCAUCAAAGCCGAAGAAAAGUUUCGGUUUGGCCAAGCCAUAGAGAAAAACGACUGUGAAGAAAUGGGAAUGGAAGAAGCCAAUGAACUCACCAAGCUCAACGUUUCAAAGAGUGUGUGAGGCAGCACCCGCAGGCUGCCCGAGGUGCUCUGUUCGUUGAAACACAAUAUUUGUAUUUGGCUGUAAUGCUUUCUAAGCGCCACAGUUUCCGUCCCUGGACGUGGUGUUAUGUGGUCAUUUCAACCCUAACUUCUGUGUGGAUCACAGUUAUUCAGGGUUCAUUUUCAUCCAUUUCUUUCCCUUUGCUCCCUUUCCUGCACUCUCCCCCUUCGGGUAUCCGCUCAGCACGUGGAGGGGAACAAGUGCCUUCAGGGCUUGGCCUUGGCCUGGAGUCUAGGGACAGAGGCCACAGUGGAAAUCAUGGCUUUGGGUAUUAUUUGACAUUUAAAACAAAAGCUGUGGUUAAGAUAUCAUUUUCAUUGCUUUUUCUCACGAGACACUUUUUUUUUUAGGGGGGGGGCCUAAUGCAAUGUUUUUAUUUUAUUUUUUUCUGUAUCCAUAAUAGUGUUUCCCAGUUACCUGACCUUUCUAUGUAAGCACAUACACGCACAUACUUGCAUUUCUGAAUCUGAUAUAAAGUGCCAGUAAUUCACCGAGAGGGGAUGCCAGAGGGGAGCGUGGGCACCUGCGCCUUCCUGGGUACCUGGGCCUUCGUAGGCUGUGGGUGCACCGAGCUCCCUACUCCGAAGGGCUUCAGGGGUUCCGCCACAUGCAGGCCGAGAUUACAGAUGCUCACCGGGCACAAAGCCUGUGCACCCAGGCCUCAGGUAUCUUAAAGCCGUUCAUCCUAACCCUCCGCUGAGGGGUCUGCCCGUCGGGGGUGAGGGUGUUUGUCUUGGAAGCUGACACGUCUAAGGGGGAAACUCCAAAUAAAUGUCAGAGGGUCGCCUUUAUUUAUUUAUUUAUUUAUCAGGCAGUGUGUGUUUGGGAAGGGGUGCCGGGUUUUUCUGGGUGGAAGGAAAUAGCCUGUGGGGUGGGGGAGUUCAUAGGAUGAUGACAAGAUAUCUCUUAGUGUUUUGGCCACUUGGGGCCUCCUCCCUGUGAGAGGGGAUGAGCAGGAUCCUGAGCCAUGUCCAGUGCAGUUCUAGGGCUGGGGGAAGCUCGCCAGCUGCCCCUGACAUCUCCAAGGCUGCUCCCUGUGGAGCUCCGGACGGAACCUGGCUGGGCAGGCAGCGCCAGCACUAUCCUGACUUCCACAGAUUCGGGAAGUUUCUUCCUUAUCUCCCACUCUCAGACUGCACAGGGCCUAUUCGUGACAGGAUUUAGUCUUGUGAGCUAAUCCCAGCUUCUUGAGGUGGUGUCCUUACACUGUACUUAGGGACAGAGUCAUCUGUGUGCAAAUGAGGUGUCCAGCCAGGAGGAGGAGAGAAAACCUGAGAGGAAAAUUGCUUCUACGCUUUUGGUUUUUGAUCCUGUUUGUAAUUAUGUUUUGCUGUGUUGAGUCUGAAGUUUAUGUCACAGUGAACUCACGCCAGAGUUGCCCAGGUGCCAUCAUCAUUAUUCUUCCAGGUGACCCUGGUGACGAACUGUUGGUCUGUUGGUCUUUCCUGGCAUGCCCUGUGUGUCUGCUUGUCACUGGUAAAUCUCACUAAAUCUCACAGCUGCAUCAAGUCCCAGCAUCACUCCUCCCCCCAAAAACGUACAGAUCUCCCAUUUCCAGCAUAGUGAAAUAGUGAUUCUGACCCACCUCCUUCCAGGGGAUGUGCCUGGGACAGCCGCCCCGCAGCACAGCUGGAGCCAGGAUGCCAACAUCCGGGGGUUGGGAGCAUUCUCAGUAACUUUUAGAUUUUCCUCCAGGUUUUGUUGUCAGUUUGUUGGUCUUCCAAUACUGAAGAAAAGAUGGCUGUGAUAAUACCUCUUGCUUCUAAAGAAUGUAUUCUUAUAAAACACCGCAGAUUUUUUUUCUUAAAAAAAAAAACACUACCUGAUGCUUUCCUUGUUUGUACGUAGGGGUUGUGGGCACAUUAGGAUUUUUUCUGCCAUCAGUAUUAAGGUGUGUAUUUGAAUGUCCUCUCCUUUGCCUCCCACCUCCAGGCUGCUUAGCUUUGAGGGGCUGGGCGGUUGCUGAUGUCUUUGCUGUCGUGCUCAAAAUGUGCUCUACAAAGUUCAUCUCUGCAUACAGUCUUCCCCAUCAAACUCUUUUCCAUCCCCCACCACAAAGGUGUCUGUGAUUUCCUCACCCUGGGAACCUACAGAGCUGCAAAACUGAAGUCUGGUUCAGCAUUGUGCGAGUAGGAGCCUCUGACAAAGGGCAGCUCACCCAGAGUUUAAAAUUGUCUUUAACAACCACCCUGAGCCUUCUUAAAUAACCAGUGCAGAUGUUCUCUCUGGGCCAUCAAGCCCCUCGGGUCCUUCUACUUCCCUGCUCCGAAGCGCAUACCUCAGUGCAGAACCACAGAAUCUCUGCGGCAGAAAAGUUGUGCGUCUCAAUCUCUUGGCACUGAACAAAUAGUUGCUAGAGACACACAGGUUCCUAAGCAGUGGGCUCAAGUGCUAUCGACAGGAUGGAUAGUUCUUCAGGGUGGCAAUACCUCUUAGGAACUUAGGGCAGGAAGCAAUACUUCAGAACUGAAUGUGUGUAAAUAGUUGCUUUGAGUUGCAGUUGCUCUUUUCUUCUCAGCCCCAGCUCAGAUCGAAUGAUACAUACAUAUACAAUAAACAAGCACACGUAAUUUUAUCCAAUGCAAACAAAUGUAGAGCAUCAGUUAUGAAGAAACCCUUAAAUAGCUUGAGGGUCCCACAGAUUGUGCCACACCUGCGCAUGACUCCAUCGACACUGACUUCACUCAUGGGGACUACACCUGCACAUUUGCACAUGACACGGUGAGCCAAAGGGCCGCGUGCUUCUCGUUACUUGGGCUGUAAUCAUUUGUAGUUUCCAAAGAUACGUCUGCAUUUGAAUUUCUAGAUUCUCAAGGUUAAGUGUUUUUUGAUUGGUUGUUUCAAAAAUCAUACCAUGCCUAGAAUCUGAAAUUAACCAACUGUUUGCAUUUUCCAUAUUUCCUUUGAUCUGCUCUUUUUAAAUUGUUAAUUCUAAUAAUUUCAAAAUGCAUUCACUGAAGAAAUGGACAUUAAAAUAUUCCAAAAU